AGUUUUUCAGCAUUAUUCCUCCACUUUCAGUGGUUGUUUUAGUGCUUCAUUUGGUAUUCAUUUAAAACGUCAUUGGUAAUGAGCAGACAAAUGGUUGUAGUGCAAAUUUCUGCCAGUUUCAUUAUAAAUUAAAACAAAUAAUCAAUUAGAUGCAGUAGUGAACCGUUUCCAAGUGCAUCACUUGUUUGUGCAAUUCCUGGCUUGAAUUGAAUUUUUUGAAUACAGUAGUUAAUAUACAAAAAAUCCAGAUUAUUGCAUGUUUAUGGAAUGUUUGUACAUUUGUCUUUCUUGGCUUUGAGCUAAACAUUCCAUUGUAAUCAUGUGAUAAUGGCUGGCCCCACCCACUACUAAUUUAUUGAAGCUACAUAUUAAUUAACAACACCGUUCCUUAUGUGCCUUAUUUAUCAUUGUGUGGUAGCCACUGUAUGUGUGAAUGACCCCAGCGUUUUAUUUCAACAGGAAGUAACAUUUUCCAAUUAUGAUCGUGCGGGCAUACUGAGUGACGUCAUGUGCGACGAACGUUCUUGAAUUUACAGAAUAGUGCACUUGACAAACGUCAUAAAGCAAAACAAAUUGUGUAAACGUGGAGUAGAGAGGUGAAGCGCCACAUGGCACCGAGUGAAAAUAACCUAGACCUAGAAAAGGUAUUUGUCUAAAGCCACGAAGAAUGGAAAACACAACAGCAUUUACGGGAAAGAAUUGUGAGAAGCGCAGGAAAAGUUCAGCGGCUAAGGAUGAACCCGAGAUUGAAGUCAUUGACUUUAAAGAAAUCCUGCAGGUUAAGGAUGACCAGCAGGUGGAGAGGUAUGUGUCCCACGUGCUUGUCGGAUCGCUUAUAGAUCACAUGGUUUAUAAGAUGUGUAUCUUGGGUUUGAUUAUCGGGAACUCCAUUAUGAUCGCCUGCCAGACCAACCCAUCCAUUGCCGAGACAUAUGAUACCGUGUUCAGUGUGUUUGAACACAUGGUCCUCACAGUGUUUAUCUGGGAGAUUCUUGUGAAAUGGUACUAUGGGUUUUAUAUCUUCUGGAAGGAUGGUUGGAACAUCCUGGACUUCCUUAUUGUCCUGUCCCUGGUUCUGGGGCCUGCUGUGCAGGUCUUUAUGAGCAGUAAGGUGUUGAGGAUUCUUAGGGUGCUGAGAGUGAUCCGCAGCAUACGGGGCCUCACUGCCCUGCGUGGCAUCGCUAUGAUGGUCCAGGUCAUCUUACAGUCCAUCCCAGACAUGGCUAACAUCUUCCUGCUCCUGGUCAUUUUCAUGCUGGUGUUUGCUGUGUUUGGUGUGACGUUGUUCGGAGCUGAUGUACCGCAGUCCUUCGGAGACCUGGCCACAGCCAUGUAUUCCCUCUUCAUCUGCAUCACUCAAGAUGGCUGGAUGACAAUCUAUAAAGAUUUUCAAGCCGAAGGUGACGGUCUGAAGUAUGGGGCUGCUAUCUAUUUCUUUGUCUUUCUGACUGGUGGGGCAUUUAUCUUUGCCAACCUUCUGGUUGCCGUGGUGACAACGAAUCUGGAGCUGGCAAUGACAGAGUAUGAAGACGUGACAGACGACAAGGGAGCAGCACAAGCCUCAACAGAGAAACCUGAAGAAGACCUUGUGAAAGAUCUGGAAGUGGUGCAUCUGGAGCAGGUGAUAAGGGAGACCACUAUGACCCGUCGGCAGAAGCCCCACAGGAUCAGCUCCCUGGAGAACCUCACCAUUGUGUCAUUCGAGCAGUUCUGCGUCGUGCUGGAGGCCAUACAAAAGAACAGGAAGGACUACAGGAUAAUCCGACAGGAGCUCAAUGGCAUUGCUGAAGAGGUCCGCGGGAUCCUGUUCAACCGAGAGCAGGAGCAGGAGGUCAUCAUGCGCAACAAGCAGGUGCCGAUGCUCAACGAGAACCUCCUGAUGAACGAAAUCGCUUCUGGGAAGACCGGGGACAUGCUCUCCACGCUCAUGAUGCUGGAGAAGGCCAAUAUGAUCGACUCUGGGGGCGCGUCUCCGAGUCUCUACCAGAAGGGCACAGUCCUCCAGUCUGUGAUGAAAGUGAAACGGAUGUCAAUGUAGUUGUGCCCACGCCGACACAGCAGGCUCCAUUCUUCUCAUACCAUCCUGGUGUCAAAGGAACGUCCCUAACAUCUAGCGCUUUACAACCUGUUCAGAAUAGAAAUUAUUUUCUGUUUUUUCUUUUUUUUUUUUUACACUGAAAUGAACUAUGACCCUCAAGACCCCCCCACCCAAAUUCGGUCUUUCUAAAAAAAAAAAAAAAAAAUUAACCUGAAACUAAAAUCAUAAUUGUAUUCAUAUUACAGUUCUCAGGUUGAAAGAGAUAUAUUUGAACCCCCCCCCCCACACACACAAUAUUUCAAUAUUAUUGUAUUUGUAGUACUUUUUUAUUAAUCGGAUAAUCAAUACCUGUUUCUUCCCUGAAUAACAAUAUCGUAACCCCAGGAAUAAUGUAAACAGUGGCGCUCGGUUGCCUUAGCAACCACUAGGCCCUGUUGUCCACAUACAGUUUGUGCUGGCCCAUCAGGCAUGGUGGCCCUCAGUCAGAGGGUGGAGCUCAGAGAGAAUGGGCUUGGAAGUUACCCCAUAUGGUAUGACAAACAGAGGGAGAGGAAGUCGUGUGGAUAAUCUGUGUCAUUAAUGAGACGAUUACAAUGUUUGAACUCAUGUUGUGCCCGUUGUGAUGGCUUCAUUAGAGCUUCAGAUUGUUUAUAGUAAUAAAGUUAUUUUGACAUCCAUUAGAAUCAGUGUUUGACACAUUUAAACCGCAAGAGCCGUCACAUUAUAUAUAUAACUUUAUUCAGCA